UGUGGUGAAGGCAGAGGGCGCAGUGGCUGACGUGGAGGAGGGGGUGAUGGACGCGGGAGGGGCGGUGUUCUUUGUCCCGCAGCGGCCCUACAUGGUGCUGGGGUCGCUCAGACAGCAGCUGCUCUACCCCACCUGGAGUGAGCUGGAGGAAGGGGAAGGGGCAGGGCGGGUGGGCGAUGAUGGUGCAAUGGCGCAGACUGGGUUCCCCCCUACCUCCAUCUCCACCCUCGCCUCCUCGCCCCACAACAUGGCGCACCGCCCUCAGCCGUCGGAUGAGGAGCUCCUGGCGGUGCUGGACGGCGUGAGAUUGCGCCACGUGGCGGAGCGCCAGGGGGGCCUAGACGCGCAGGUGGAGUGGGCGAGUGUGCUGUCGCUGGGCGAGCAGCAGCGCCUCGCCUUCGCCCGCCUGCUGCUGUCUCGUCCCGAACUGGCUUUGAUGGAUGAAAGUACCAGCGCCUUGGAUGAAGAGAACGAGGCGCACGUGUAUGGGCUGGUGGAGGCAGCAGGAGUCACCUUCAUCAGCAUCGGCCACCGCAGCUCCCUCCGCCGUUUCCACUCGCUUCUCCUCACCCUCACACCCACUGGGAGGGCUGAUGCGUCUUCUGACGUCACUGAUGGCGUCAGUGAUGACGUCAGGGACAGCAGCAAUGACGCCAGUGGCGGUGAUGGGGUUGAGGGAGGGCGAAGGGUGGUGGCGCGUGGAACAGGCAGCAUGUGGACGCUGGAGAGAAUAGGAGAAUAG